AUGAUGAAUCUAGUGGGGAUCAGGUUUCUUCCGACAGACGAGGAGAUGGUAGACCAUUAUCUCCGUCUGAAAAAUCUCGGUGGUUCCAUUAUCACGAGCCAUGUCGAUCAAGUCAUUAGCACAGUCAAUAUCUGUAACUUUGAUCCUUGGGAAUUACCUCCGCAAUCGAGGAUCGAGUCUAGCAAUCAGGUUUGGUAUUUCUUCGGACGCAAGGAAAGCAAAUACAAGAGAGGUGAGCGACAGAAGAGGCAAACCAAGUCCGGUUUUUGGAAGAAAACCGGUGUUACCUUGUCUAUCAAGCGAAAGAGAGGUAACCGCGAAAAGAUUGGUGAGAAGAGUGUUUUGGUGUUUUACAAGAACGGAUCCAAAUCCAACUGGGUUAUGCACGAGUAUCACGCUUCUUGCGUCUCUCCUCAUCAGAGUGGGACAUAUACUAUCUGCAAAGUGCAGUUUAAGGGUGAAGCAAGUGAGAUCUCUUCUUCUUCCGGUGUCGACCAUAGUCACUCUUUACCCACUCCUAUGAACAAUCCUGGAGGAUCUGAGGGAUUACAGAAUUCAAGUCAGCUUAGUGGUGUUCUCGGUAAUCAGCAACAAAUUCAGUUUGAAGCUGAAUCUGAGAUGGAUUUCGACGUUCUGUUAAACUAUGAUUUGAAUAGCUUGCUAUAUGAUGAUGAUGCUGAUGAACAGAUUAAGACUGCUUCUAUGGAAAAUUCAGUGACCGGUGUCUUUAUUGGUCAUAUAUAG